AGAGGUGGCGCUGUUGGUUAUGUCUGCAAGUGUAGCGUAGAAGAAUAAAAAUAGACAUGGCGGCCCCCUCGGACAAAUUGGACAACAUGAAGAUGCUCCAAUUUUUAAAACUAAUCGGUCAGCUUAAAAGGGUCCCUCGGACAGGCUGGGUGUACAGGAAGGUGAAGGACCCGGAGAGCGUGUCGGACCACAUGUACCGCAUGGCCCUCAUGUCUCUGACGAUCACGGACCCCACGGUGGAUAAGGACAAGUGUAUCAAAUUGUCUCUGGUCCACGACAUGGCCGAGUGCAUCGUUGGAGAUAUUACGCCGUCGGACAACAUCAGCAAAGCUGAGAAACACCAGCGGGAGGAGGGAGCCAUGAGGCAGCUUGUGAGUCUGAUGCCAGAGGGCCUCAGGCAGGACAUUUAUGCACUAUGGGAGGAAUACGAGCACCAGAGCAGCACGGAGGCCAGGCUGGUGAAAGAGUUUGACCGUCUGGAGAUGAUCCUGCAGGCCCACGAGUACGAAGAGCUGGAGGAGGCGCCGGGGAGACUGCAGGAGUUUUUUGACUCCACUCGGGGUUGUUUCCAGCAUCCCGAUGUGCUUCAGCUUGUCGUGGCUUUGAAUGAAGAAAGGAGAAGUCACAUGACGGGGGAAAAAACAGCUGGGAAUUUGCAAACCACGUCUAAGGAGACAUGAAAACAUUUUUGCUUUAAUAUGAUAGGUGCGGGGGGGGGGGGGGAGAUCAGCAAUCGUAAAUAAACAAGUUUGGGGGGG